AGGUUGUUUUCUACGUGGGGACGAGACGCGCACGGGCGUCACCGGCUGCGCAGUCGCGUAGCAGUGUUUCUUUCCUCCUUGUUGCGGGGAAGAAGAAGAACCGGAGCGGCUUUUUCAUCGAAGAAGCUCCGGAGAAGUGGAUAAUUUCUGCGAGAGCGAAGCGGAACACCAUUUUCGGCUACAAACUACCAGGUUGGUGGUUCCACUACUACGUCCUACUACUACAACGACGUCCUACUACAACUAGUACCCAAAGCAACUACGCAGAAGCUGGAAAAUAUUUUCGGGAGUCACCUUUUGCCGACUGGGGAAAUACGAAAUAACAACAACGGUCGGCACUUCACUGUAGAAGAUUUGGGCCGCCGAAUUAUUCUGACGGCAGUGUCACCGGCAGAAUCAAUUCGUUUUGGAAGCGCACACACAGGAGCAAGCAAGAGGCAAAAAGCAUUAUACAACAGACGCCACCAGCACACAGUUCGCGGCGACGCUUUUUCCGGUGCACUUACUUACUUACUUAUCACGAGAACUACCCCCUGGGGUCGUGCAGCUGUGGAGAGAGCUGCACCGCGACGACUUGUUUCACAAGUAGACAAAGUGCCAGCUAGAUGAACACCGCGACGACCCAACAGCAUGUCGGCGCCGCGCCGCAGCACCAGCACCAUGGGGGCACCAUGAGCUACCAGUCCUGGCCGGAUUACUACGGAAGCAAUGACCAGUCCUGGUACAAUACAGCGGGAAAUGAACAAGUCUGGUGGUACAACCAGAAAGACCACUGGGAUCAUACCGGAACAAAUUUGCCCACCGCGGACAGUCUGGGGGGCGUCAGGUGAGGUUCUUAUAGGGUGCAUGCGUCCAUCGACUAUAAAAACAAAUGUUGAUAGCGUCGUCCUACUCCUAUGAUGUCGUGUCAGGAAUCCUUAUGUAUCCUGCAGGUUUGACUUUGAUUGGCUAUAGUUGCUGAUAAGUACAAGUUUGUUGUACCAUCUAUGGUGUCUACAACUUUUUUCAGAUCAACCAGCGCCAGAAUCUAUCAACAAAAAACAUCCCACAGUGACCCCUCGCAGCAGCAAUCCCGGUGGACGCCGCCCAGCAGCACAACGGGAAGAUGGGAGGACUUUGCAGAAUUGUCGCCUGGGGAGGAGUAUGCAAUGCAAAAGCAUCGAACAUUACAAAGAAAGAAUAAAAGUCGUAAUGCUGACUCAGAAAAUGAAAAUUGGCUUGUCAUGCAAAUACUGUAGCAGUGUGAUAGUACUUUUGCACAGGAUAAGUGGCCGCCGAUCAUUCGAAUGACGUACGACGCUGACUUGCCCGUGUUCGCCACGGCGCAUAACAAACGACGGGGAAAGCACAUGUAAAAAAAUUGACGUCAUCAAGAAAGAGGUCAUGUUACAGAGAAAAAGAAUCAGUACUAUCUACAGGAAGAUAUUAAUUUGGUAUCUUUCAGUGGCUCAACAUCGUGCUAUCAUUCAGCAAAAUCUGUCUGCAGCCCGCGCCGCGCCGCCCAUGCUCGCUGAGUAGCGUUGCUUUGCUACUGUGUUCGCUCGCAGUAAAUGUGCACAAGAACUUUAUCAUUUUUUGUGCAGUUUAUUGCGAAAGCCGAACGUAAAAAGAAGAAGUACCACGCGCCGCGCCCUGGCCUCUGCCGCCCGUGUUCGAUCACAUCGACAUCAUCACGAGCGACUUCUUCUUUAUCACUCCGUGGCUACAACUUUUGCUGCGUUCCACCUCUUCCUUCAGGUUUGCCAUGGGUUCCUACUUGAUGCGGGAGGAGAACAAGCUGCAAGUAAUUGAGGAGAACAUGGAGUCCGGUUCCUUUCACAAGGUCGCGGAGGCGGAUGUGGCGUUUCCGGUCACGAAGCUGAUGUGGGAACAGGAUCUCCUGGCCGGCACGGGACAGACUCUCCGCCUUUGGCGGUACUACCCGGGGGACCAGGAACAGCAGGGCCAGUUGAAGGAGGUGGCGGUGCUGAACCAGGCGAGGACGCAAAUGACGCAACUGGAACUGCCGCCGCUGACCAGCUUCCAUUGGUGCCCGGUAUUAUAGAGAAUCCAAAGAAAAAGAUAUUGACCGGGCUGCUGAGUUGUACUAUGUUUUGUGACAGAUCAAGAUUUGUUCUUUUGUUUCAGGUAUGAUCUUCGCGCCAGCAAAAUAAUGUAACGGGAGAUCAACAUCAAGUGCAAUCUAUCACAGCAAAACCGGCACAAAUUGGGAACUUCCAGCGUGGACACGACGUGCACGAUCUGGAACCUGGAAAAGCAGAAGAUCGAAACCCAACUGAUCGCCCACGACCGCGCGGUCUACGACAUUGCCUUCUCGCCGACGCUUGAUAACUUAUUCUCGUCCGUCGGCGCGGACGGGUCCGUGCGGUUGUUUGAUCAGAAAAAUUUAGAUCAUUCCACCAUCAUCUACGAGUCUUCCGCCCCGUUGCUGCGGCUCGCCUGGAACGAAUUCGACACGAACCUGAUGGCAGCCGUGGUCGCUCAGGUAGGGUUUUAGGAGUUUGCGGGGAGAAGAAUUCUUUUUUUCUGUUCUCCUUGCGAAUGUACAUGUAUGUUGGAUUAUUUGCGGCAUAUCAUUUAUUGCACGACAAGAUCUUCUGCAGCCGCGUGGAGAUAUAAAAAUUGUGUACAAUAAUAAUUAAAACAGGACGGCGUUGGCGUGAUCGUGCUGGACAUUCGGAAGCCCUCUAUGGCCUUAACCCACAUGCCCAACACACCUGCGAACUCGAUUGCUUGGAUGGACCGGGCGCAUCUGCUGGUUGGCUCGAAUGACGGACUGGUGUCGGUGUUUGACGUGCGGCCACAAUUUUUGGUCGAUCCGAAUAGUUUCAGCCUGAAUAGUAGUACAAAUCCAGGCGGGACGUCAAGUACUGGACCAGUGCUCCAGCCGGGGAUGACAGGAACUACAGGAAAUACCGCCGGCGCAGUGGAUGCUGCAGCGGUCGCGGCACAAGCGCAAGCUCAGGCACAGCAGCAGCAAAACGCUCUCAUGAACACGCGAGCGCGUAACGUUCUGGAGUACGACGCGGGCGCAAACAAACCCAUCGCACACAUCAGCUACUUCGAGAAGCAAAACCUCGCCUGCAUCGGGGCGGCGGACGGAGUUGAAUUAGUCGGGUUGCCGCCGAUUUCCGCUUCCCCGACAAGUAGCUUUGGGGGCGGAAUCUGUAAUCCAUACGGGUAGAAGUAGAACUACGUUUAUGUCGAAGUUUUCUAUUGCUUGUGCUGAGGGGGCAACCAAGCGAUGCUUUCUCAACUGGUUGUUGCCGGUUUGCUUGGGUUACUUUUGAUUUGUCACGAUCUCUAUCCAUGCACUUUUUCCUGAAGCUGCUUUUUUUGCGAGCUCGCUGCCUUGGCACUAUCGAUUCAUUAGAAGUUUCCGUAUGCUUGAAACAGUUGCCGUGCGUGAGCGCAAUGUCUUGGAAAGCAGUCUUUAUUUCAACAAACUUGCAGGCCGUGAGGGCUGGUAGAAGCAAAUAGCUUGCAGCGUAGCCGUACCAUCCAGCAGUAGCGCCAGCAGGACGUCGUUUUACACCUAUUCAUGAUUAUGAGACUGUAAGAUAAACAGACGACCAGAGCCAAUUUUUGCGGGAACCACGAAUUAUAGCAAACUUCAAGAAGAAUGAGAGCAAUAAGCACGAGGAGCCGAAAGUUUCGAAAAACUGCGGAAUAUCAAAGAGCCCACGUCGUCCACUCGAAAGCGAGAACAAUUAUUUAUAAAAUGGAAAUGCUUAUGAGAAAUUUUACAAGAACCGAUGGAAAGGAGCAGCUUAUCGUUUCAAGGAAUGAAUUCAAGUAAUCCAUGUUGCAGAAUUUUUAAGAAUCGUAUAUCAUGAAGAAGAAUAACAGCAGUAUAAACCACUCUCGCCCGAAGAUAAACUUUAUUUGAAGGUUGCAAGGCUGAGUAAGGAGCCGCAUUUUUCGUACUAUUUUCCGGAACUCGUGCUGGUUUCUAGAGAGGAGUAUCUAGUAAGGCUCUUGCCAUGUGAAGGGGGCUCUCUUCACUGCGAGGGCGAGCGCCAGCGAUGAGUUUUAAGAGUUUUUGAAAAAUUUUCAACGUAGUCAAUUUGGACAGUGACAUAAGGAGUCACUGCUUGAAAAUCCAUUGCUAUAGAAAUCUCUGCAGAAUCGCAGAACCAGAACUGGAUCGUAAACACGGCCAAGAAUUUUAAGUAAUAAGUGAAAUUUGUAGAACCACUUUCAAACAGGAAAAAAUGCCCUAAUCUCUCAAUAGAGAAGCUAAGUUCAUCUCUUGUAAAAGUCUUAUUUUAUGAGGCGCUUGCGGUAUUAAAAGAGGCGGAUAGAGUUUACUAGGAAAAAAUCCGUGGGCAGACCCAGACGGGCACAUCAAGUUUUUUUUUCCCUCGUUUGCUACGAACCUGAUACAUUUUUUGAAGUUGUGUUUUUACUGAGGCUACGUGGAGCCUUCGCGAAUGCAUCAAAUCGAACUACAACAACGGCCGGUCGUGAACUAGUUUCAUUAUGUAUCACCUCCACUUGAGCUGGUAAGUAGUGGUGGAGUAGAAAUGUGUAGAAGUGCUUCUCCUGCAACAAGUAGACAAAUAAGAACUGCGCCUUCCGAUGAGAUAGAGCCGUCCUUCUAUCUACUUCAUCGAAGGCGAGCGUCAACCCUUGGUACGCACGACCAAAACCGUGAUGAGCCACCACCACCUAUUACAACUCUCGUUAUAUAUUUGUCAUCAUUUCUGUUGGGAAAAUGAACUGCGCGGGCCGCGGAUAUUAAGCUUGGGACUCAAGUUUGUAAAACUUGUUUCAAGUUUGCAUCGCGCACCUGCAAUGAUUGAACUUUCAGUGGGGAAGGGCUUAUUGGGAGGGACCUUUGCUGGUUCAGAACCGAAAUGAUCAAUGCUUGCCUGCACCUUGCGUGCGCCUUUUGCUUGUUUUGGAGAUGUACUGUGUCCGCGUGGCAAAACGCACGUACAGGUUGCUUGCAAGUGUGUAGUUUUGGGGGGCUUAUUUCCAAGGUGGAAUAAUUUAGAUUUUGACGAAAGAACUACUCACAAAGACUUUAUUUUAACUCUACUCCAAAGCACGAUUUACUUAUUUUGCUUUGUGCCCAGAUGGUAAGUAGUUGCACAGCAAGGGUACGAAAUUUCAAAAGAACUGGCGAUUACUUUGUUUUUGUAAAAAGUUUCAACAGGCAGCUAGUAAAACACGUGUGUCAUGCAACGAACUCUGCGUUUCGAAGUGCCCUAGAGCGAGCCGCAGCGGUGCAUUCGAAAGUGGUAGUCCCGACAGUUUCACUUAUAACUUUUUCAUCAGCAGACGCAGAACUACCUGAUGAAUAAAUAGAUACGGCUCAGCACGAUACGCCCUAGGCACGCGAGAAUCAAGAUCAUCUUAUUUGAAGUCUAUGGAAAAAGCAAGAGAGAAACUCAGUCCUUUUUACCUGAAGUGUUUUGGUGAAAUAGGAAUAGCCGGAAUUUGAAACUACAGGUUUGAAAGAACCAGAUGGAGCACCCUUUUAUUUUCCGUUUCGACCGCAAGUUUUCAGGUGGAU